CCGCCCCCCGUCCUCGCCCCCCCAGGCUCCGCUGCCCCCGAGAGCGCACCGUGCAUCCCCACCUCCACCCUCCCGAGGGGGCGCCGGCGACCCGACGGCCCAGGCCCGCAAGCCCAGCGCCCGCUUCGCUCCUGGGGCCCGGAGACCCGUGGCGCAGUUGCAGGGAGAUCGGAGCGACUUGCUCUUCCUCAGCUCCGGAGCUGCCAUUCCCGCUCUUCGAGCCAGACAGACAGACGUCACGCCGGGGAAGCUCCCGACUUCACCUUAAAAAUAAUCCUCCGAGAGGUGGCCUGGCCGGCGGGGACUCUGGUUUGUGCCUGAAGAGAGCGAGGAGGAGGAGGAGCGCAGAGCAUCCUCCGGAGGAGAUGCCCUUUGAAAACCAUCCGGAGCAGCAGAAGAAACAGGCAUUUGGCGAAAUGUUAUCUGGGGUAAAAGAAGACAUGGCUCCCCAGGAGCUCACCCGGCGACUGGCCACAGUGACCACUCACGUAGAUGAAAUUAUGCAGCAGGAAAUCAGGCCCUUGUUGGCAGUGGAUAUAAUUGAACAACUUCACAGACAAUUUGCCAUUCUUUCAGGAGGCCGAGGGAAUGAUGGUGCCCCAAUCAUCACUUUUCCAGAGUUUGUGGGCUUCAAACACAUCUCAGAUGAGGACUUUCUGAAUGUCAUGACCUACCUGACUAGUAUCCCCAGUAUGAAGGCUGCCGGCAUCGGGUUCAUCAUUGUUAUCGACAGACGAAGGGACAAGUGGAGCUCCAUAAAAACAUCCUUGACACGAAUAGCUGUAGCAUUCCCGGGAAACUUGCAGCUCAUAUUCAUCCUUCGUCCAUCUCGCUUUAUCCAGAGGACAAUCACUGACAUUGGGAUUAAAUACUAUCAAGAUGAAUUUAAAAUGAAAGUACCGAUCGUUAUGUUAAAUUCUGUCUCUGACCUUCAAGGCUACAUUGACAAAAGCCAACUGACAGAGGACUUAGGGGGAACUCUGGAAUAUCGCCACAGCCAGUGGAUCAAUCAUCGAACUGCCAUCGAAAACUUUGCCUUGGCAUUGAAGACCACUGCCCAGAUGCUUCAGACGUUCGGGGCCCGCCUGGCCGCGACAGAGCUGCCCAGCGGCGUGCCGUGCUCCGCAGAGCUGCUCACAUCCCACACUAAGCAGCGGGACAAGCUGCAGGAUGAGCUAAAAUUACUUGGAAAGCAAGGGGCCACAUUGCUGUCAUGUAUUCAAGAACCAAGAACCAAAGGUCCCAUCAGGAAGCUAAAUCUCAAUCAACUUGAAAAUGUGGCUACCAUGGAAAGGUUACUUGUUCAGUUGGAUGAAACAGAAAAAGCCUUUCGUCAGUUUUGGUCCAAGCAUCACCUGAAGCUUAGUCAAUGCCUACAACUACAGCACUUUGAGCACAAUUUUUGUGAGGUUAAGCUUGCCCUGGACAACUUGUUGGCAGAGCAAGCAGAAUUUACAGACAUUGGAGACAGUGUGAUGCGUGUGGAGCGACUUCUCGAGGAACACAGACAACUGGAAAGAAAAGGCCAGGAGUCCUUGGAAAAGGCCCAGCUGCUUGCAGUAAUCGGGGACCAGUUCAUCCAGAGCCACCACUAUGCGGCGGACUCCAUCAGGCCCAAGUGCGUGGAGCUCAGGCACCUCUGCGAUGACUUCUCCAAUGAAAACAAGAAAAAACACGACAUUUUAGAGAAGUCUCUGGAAUUACAUAGACAGCUGGACAAGGUCAGCCGGUGGUGUGAAGCGGGGAUCUACCUCUUGGCUUCCCAAGCUGUAGACAAGUACCAGUCUCGAGAGGGUGUUGACGUCGCCUUGACCGACAUCGAGGCAUUCCUGGACACAGCGAGGGAGGCCACGCUGCCCAGCCCCAAGGAGAUUUACAACCAGUUUGAGCUGAUUCUCACCGCUGAUGUAAAGGCCAACGCCCAGAAAGUCUUACAGAAGCUGGGCGAUGUGCAGGACAUUUUCCAGAAGAGGCAAAUGAGUCUGAUGAAACUGGCAGCCAGACAGACCCGCCCAGUGCAACCUGUGGCCCCCCAUCCUGAGUCCUCCCCAAAAUGGGUGUCACCAAAAACCAGCCAGCCUUCUGCCUUGGCUCCUCUUCAGAAAACAUCUGAGGAACCUUAUGCAGAAACAGAUUUGGACUUACUGGUAAAGAAAGAUGACAAGACUAAAUAUGAAGGCAAGAAUGAAGAAAUACUCGAAUGCAGUCGUGAUGGGGAGAACCCUGAGCAGGAGGAGCCUGACAGUCCUGAAAAUCUUUCCCCCCGCAGGUGCCUUAUACGUGACUUGCUUGAGACUGAAAAGGUUUAUAUAAAAGAAAUGAAGAGCAUAAUUGAUGGAUACAUCACUCCAAUGGAUUAUACUUGGCUGAAGCAUCUGAUUCCGGACGCUCUUCAGAACAACAAGGAUGUUCUCUUUGGAAAUAUUAGAGAACUUUACGAAUUUCACGACAGGACUUUCCUAAAGGAAUUGGAAAAGUGCACUGAGAAUCCUGAACUUCUGGCUUGUUGCUUUCUCGAGAGAAAAGAAGACCUUCAGAUAUAUUUUAAAUACCACAAGAAUCUGCCCCGAGCUCAGGCAAUCUGGCAAGAAUGUCAAGACUGCGCCUUCUUCGGGGUAUGCCAGCGCCAAUUGGGUCACAAUCUCCCUCUUUUCACGUAUCUGAGAGGCCCCAGCCAGAGACUUCUAAAAUACCAGAAGCUGUUGAAGGGUCUGCUGGAUUUCGAGUCUCCUGAGGAUUUGGAGAUAGAGCCAGGUGACCUAGAAGGAGGUUCGGCUAAGGAUGGGCCACAGAGGACCCAGGCUCCCGCGUUCUUGGCUGACCGGCAGCAGGCUUUGGCCGUGAUAGAGGAGCUGAUCAGGUCCUGUGAGCUGGCCGUGGACCUGGCGGCAGUCACUGGAUGCCCGGAGGAGAUCCGAGAGCUGGGCAGGCUGCUGAGGCACGGCACGUUCAGCGUCUGGACAGUGCACAAGGAGCGCUCCAAGAUGAAGGGGUUCAUUCGGUUUAAGCCCAGCCAGCGGCAGCUCUAUCUGUUUGAGAGGGGGAUCGUGUUCUGCAAGAUACGGAUGGAGCCCAGUGGCCAGGGCCUGGCUCCUCGUUACAGCUUUAAGAAGUCUGUGAAGUGGACGACACUUUCAAUUCACCAACUUGAAAGGGGGAGCAACAGAAAGUUUGAACUUGUCAGCCGAAAUGGACUUGAGAAAUACAUCCUGCAGGCAGCUUCCAAAGAAAUCAGAGAUUGCUGGUUUUCGGAAAUAAGUAAAUUAUUGAUGGAACAACAGAACAAUAACAAAGAUGUUUAUGAGGAUGAAGACAAUGGCAGACAAACGUCCCCCAAAUGCUGCUCCCGCGGGGCGUGCGUCUCCGCGGAAAGCUUUGAAGAAGGCGAAGGGGCAGGAGACCUGGAGAAGGAGAGCAGCGCUCUGGGGCUCUCCGGCCUUUUCCAGUUGGACAACAGCGAUGACACCUGCUCCCCCAAGUCUGCUCCGGACCCUGGGGAGCGCGUCCAGGGAGGAAAGGGAGGUGACGAUUAGGAGGACACGCGAGUGUGAGCCAGGAGGAAAGUCACUGUGGAAGAGGCCAGCUGCCGUGUUGAGAAGACGCUGAAGCUGCCCCGUGACGAGACCCACACGCAGGAACCGAAGCCCCUCGCCCGCCCACAGCCACGUGAACGAGCCGCCCGGGAGGCGGGCUCUCCUGCCCCAGCCAGGCCUCCCUGCCGCGUCGGCUCCAGCUGAUUUCUUGGCUGAAACCUCAGGAGAGACCCAGAGCCAGAAGGACCCAGCCAAGCUGUUUGUGAACUCAUGACCGGGGAAACAUGAGAUGAUAGAUGUUUGGCUUAAGCUGCUAAGUUCUGGGGUUAUUUGUUAAGCAACAAUGGGUAACAGAUAUACUAUUAAAUAAUAAAAAGCUGGUUAAUAAAGUAUUGUUCUGAUAUAAAUUGGAACUCCAUGCUGCUGUGAAAAAUAGUAUCUCCUGCUUGAGAUGUAGAAAGCUGGAAGGAGUACUAUCUCCAUGCUUGCAAGAUAUUAAAAAAUCUGGAAAAUACACACAUUCACAACUUUUCUUGAACUCAAGAGAGAGCUGAGUUCACAGGGCAACAUCUAACCUGAAAUUUAAGGAAAAACAUGUCCUUCCCCUUCAUCUUUCCUCUGCUUCUUCUCCCACGGACACAGAUCUCCUGAACUUUCAGGGUCCAGACGAGACUUGUAACCAGGGAAGCAAUGGGCAGCGGAAGCUCAUCCCAGGCUUACCCCCUGACCCUGUCUCUAAGGCCCCCUUUCUCUGACUUCUCCGUGAGCCCAGCCUGAGCUCAUUUCCCCACCUAGUCCCUCUCCGGUUGCUUCUUCUGUCCUAGGCUCUUCCUUGUUUCACUGUCCCUACCUUCGUAAAGGUCCUC